CACAUGACACGAAUCUCCAGACAACCAAUUUAGCUAAACACACAUUUUGUUAAACAAACGCCCUGGUCAGCAAUCCUCCUUCCGGGAUCGCAUUCAUUUUACAGAGAGGAUGAUAGGAAGUAAUUAAUCCCCCGGUUCUACUAGUGUUCCCAGCGUGUGGCUGAGCGCCUCUCAGAGGCAAGAGGAACCAGCGCUCAGGAUUGGGACUUGACUCUCGACCUGAAAUACGCACGGCUCCAACCUGUCCCUCUCAUUCAUAUUGACAUCUGAAGCAAAAUACUUGACACCUCCAACUCAAGCAGAGGCGCUGUUAUUUGGAUAAUUCCUGCCGGUUUUCGGCAGAAAGCAGGGAUUAUGCCGCUCUAAUGUUGUCAGGGAUCAACCGCCAGUCUCAAAGCCCAUGUUCGGCGGAGUUAAAGUUCUCGGCAUCAAACUGGGAAGAGCAGCGACUCAGUAACUGGCCGUGAGUGUCACACGGCUCUGGGAGCACAUUGAAACCAGCACCAAGAACUUGACUUUUUUUUUGCUUAAGUAUUAAUCAGGAUCUACAAUUUAUCAGUUGAUCAUUUUACUUUGAAAUUUUCCCUUAACAAAAAAAAGAGGCGCCGGCUGCUUUGUCAAUCUUCGGUGUGACGGGGGGGGGGAAGAAAAAUCCCCAUUCGAAGAAAUUGACGAGCUUUCGUCAUUACACGAAGCUGCGAGCAUCCUGAAACUGACAGCCUCUCACUCUCUCACUGUGUCUCACACUGUCUCUCUCUUUCUCUCGCCGGGUCUCUAAACCCCGCAGCUCACAUGUGAUCACGACACUGCAUCAAGCCUUGCUUAUCCCUCCUUUAAAGCCAUGCAAUGAGAACUGGCGCCCGAGUUUAAACAUACUGGAAAAGGGGGUGGGAGGGACAGAGAGAGAAAAAAAAAUAGGUUCUCCAACCAUCCACCCCCACCCCCAACCCCGCUCGCAAUAACACAAAAACAUAUUGUCAGAGGCGAUGGAUUCCAGGACCAAGCGACCGAGGAAUACAAUAAUGUCAACGUUUGCAAAAAUGACCAAAGUUCGCAGGAGGAAAGAGAUGUUCCUGUACCAGGUCGGCGUUUCCUGCAGUAUUCUGCUCCUGGCGUGGUGUUUGUGCAGCCUGUUCUCCAGACUAGAAAACGGGAAGGCCACUGGACACCCAGCCACACUGGAUCUACAGUGGCGGAACAGGAAGUUAAUGGUCGCGGUGACCGCCAACGAGACUCAAGCGAAGAACUGCACAGAGCCAGCUAUCCACGAAUUUCCAAGUGAUCUUUUUACCAAUAAGGAGAGACAACAAGGAGGAGUAUUACUUCAUAUAGCAGGAGCUGUCUAUAUGUUUUAUGCACUGGCAAUAGUUUGUGACGAUUUCUUUGUUCCAGCCUUAGAAAAAAUAUGUGAGAGAUUACAUUUGAGUGAAGAUGUAGCUGGUGCCACGUUCAUGGCAGCUGGAAGCUCAGCACCUGAACUGUUUGCUUCUGUUAUUGGUGUCUUUAUUACCCAUGGAGAUGUCGGUGUUGGAACCAUUGUUGGUUCAGCAGUAUUUAACAUACUCUGUAUCAUUGGGGUCUGUGGAAUAUUUGGAGGGCAGAUCGUAUAUCUGACACAGUGGUCUGUGUUCAGGGAUUCAUUAUACUACACCAUAUCAGUGAUUCUACUUAUUGUGUUUAUCUAUGAUGAGAAAAUUGAAUGGUGGGAAGGCCUUCUCCUGAUCAUAAUGUAUGCAGGCUAUAUACUCGUGAUGAAGUUCAACAGCAAGAUACAGGAUUGUUUUGUGAGCAAGUUAACAAAGAAUGCUUCAAAUGGCAAUGUGAUCGGCAAUGAACUGGAGGAUGUUCAAUCUGCCAAUGGUGUGGACAAGGAAGUCUGCGUAGCUGAGAAAUGUGAAAACAUCGAAAAUGGAAAUGUCCCUCUGGAUAAAACUACAAAAGAAGGCAGCCCUGAGAGUGAAAAGGACCCUGAAUUUACAUCUCCAUUUUCUCUACCAGGGGGAUGCUUGACUAAGGUGAAAUGGUUGAGUUCGUGGCCGGUAUUGCUUGUGCUGUUCUUCACAGUCCCUAACUGUGCGAAGCCUCGCUGGGAGAAUUUCUUCAUGCUAACCUUUCUCAUGUCCACUCUAUGGAUUGCAGUCUUUUCUUAUUUAAUGGUGUGGAUGGUAACCGUAACGGGGUAUACACUUGGGAUUCCAGAUAUUAUCAUGGGAAUAACAUUUCUGGCAGCAGGAACAAGUGUUCCAGAUUGCAUGGCUAGUUUAAUAGUGGCCAGACAAGGGAUGGGUGACAUGGCAGUGUCGAAUACAGUGGGAAGCAAUGUCUUUGACAUUCUUGUAGGCCUAGGUCUGCCAUGGGGUCUUCAGACAAUGGUUAUUAACACCGGUUCUGUUGUGCACAUCAAUAGCAGAGGACUUGUUUAUUCUGUCAUACUUCUUCUAGGAUCUGUAGCACUCACGGUGGCUGGUAUCCACGUGAAUGGAUGGAAACUGGAUACAAAGCUUGGUAUUUAUGUGCUCAUCCUCUAUGCUAUCUUCUUGUGUUUCUCAAUAAUGAUCGAAUUCAAUGUGUUUACCUUUGUCAACCUGCCAAUGUGCCAAGACAGCAUUUAAGCAGAUUGGACAGCAACCGGAGAUCAUCGAACAGAAUUUUUCUGUGGCUGUUCUUGCAUUUCCUUCUUUCAUGCAUAAAGAAUGAUUUGUGACUAUUUUGGAAGGUAAAUGAGCUUUUGCCACAGAGCCAAAGCUAAUAUUUGAAAAAAAAGCCUGCUGACUGAUUGCUGUGUAUUGAAGUCCAAUAAGGAGUUCUGGCUCCCUCACAUGGAGCUUUAAUGAAAUACACUUGUAAAUUAUUGACUUAUCUACCACAUCCUGAGGGGAGAAUUUCAUCUGGAUUUCCUGUUAAUUUUAUAGCCUCCUGCUUGUGCACACAAGCACAAAAUUAUAAUGUAUUUAUUAAACAGCAAGAGUGCUACAAAUCACUUUAUUUUUCAAGGGACUUCACCACAUAUGUUUUGUGUGGGAAGAAUUUAUUAGGCAGACCUUUCUGACCUAAUUUUUAUUAGGCCACAAUACAAGAGUGGCAAAUUGUCUCUGUUCGGUAACUUAAAGAGUAUAUAUUGGAAUUGUAUGGACUUGAACAAGAUUAUUUGUAUAUUUGGUGAUAGUAAUCCAAUAAUGAAAGAAGAUGCAAACAUUCUUGUAAAUUUUAAUAACAAAGUAUAUAUCC